GAGGCCGCCGCGUCCCCUUGUGCCCCGGACGGGACAGGGACUGAGACAGAGCCCUCUCUACUUCAAGGCGCCUCUACUUCAAGGAGUAAAGCGAAAAUAAAUGAAUUGAAAUCUGGGCGCCGCCUCCAUUCUCCCUACACGGGGCUCUGCCCCUGCGUCCCGCCCGGCCCGGGGCGGGGUGUCCUCCGGCUCCGCUGUCCCCUCCCCGGGGCGGAGUCCCGCCCGCUCCCUCGCACGCGCCGGUUCCGGUUUCCUCGCGUCCCCGCGUCCCUGCGGCGGAUGGCGCCCUCAGAGUGGCUGGGCGCAGGCCUGGCCCGCGCGCUCUUCUACCCGACGCUGCUCUACACCGUGCUCCGUGGGAUGCUGAACGGCCCGGGCCACCGCGCCUGGUACCACCGCAUCGACGGCACCGUGCUGCUGGGCGCGCUGCCGCUGCGGAGCUUGACACGCAAGCUGGUCCAGGACGAGAACGUGCGCGGCGUGAUCACCAUGAACGAGGAGUACGAGACCAGGUUCCUGUGUAACAGCUACAAGGGUCAUACUAUGCGGUUUAGGCUGGCCUUGGGCUCACUUUGUAGCCCAAACUGGGCUCUUGAACUUGCAACGAUCCACCUGCCUCAGUCUCCCAAGUGCUGGGAUUACAGGAGUAUGCUACCACACCUGGCGUCUGUUAACACUUUCUUAUGGAGCUUUCUGCAAUGGGUAUUAGAAGAGGAGUGGAAGAACGUGGGUGUUGAGCAGCUACGACUCAGCACAGUGGACAUGCUGGGGAUCCCCACCUUGGCAAACCUCCAGAAAGGAGUACAAUUUGCUCUCAAGUACCGGUCCCUGGGCCAGUGUGUCUACGUGCACUGCAAAGCUGGCCGCUCCAGAAGUGCCACCAUGGUGGCCGCAUAUCUGAUCCAGGUGCACAACUGGAGCCCAGAGGAGGCCAUCAAAGUCAUCACCAGCAUCCGGUCCCACAUCCACAUCACGAAUGGCCAGCUGGAGGUCCUCAGGGAGUUCUACAAGGCCAACUCUCCAAAUGUGACACAUCAGAGCCUUACAUGAGCUUUGUGGCUGAGAAAGAACUCCAGACAACUCCACUUGAUAAAGAACAAAUGUUUACAGGGCCAGAGGGGAGUCUGCUGAUUUGACACGACGGAAAUGUGCUAAGUGAUGGGUAACUGCUUCCAUUGCCUGGUUUCAUUAUCCUCAAAUAAUACUGCUGUACGGCUGGAAAGGAA